AUUCCAACAUCGACUCGACUACGAUACACGUAUAGAGAAAAAGUAAGAAAAUUAUACGUAAAAAUCAUUUAAAUCGGUUUCUGCCUUCCAAAUAGGAAUUGCUCUCCAGAAAAUUCGGAAAAAUAUUUCCAGCAAAAUUGAAUUUCAUUGUUUCUCGUAGUCGUAAUCAUGCGUGAAAUCGUGCACAUUCAGGCUGGCCAAUGCGGCAAUCAGAUUGGCGGCAAGUUCUGGGAGGUCAUCUCAGACGAGCAUUGCAUCGACGCGACGGGGACAUAUUACGGCGAUAGUGACUUACAGCUGGAACGCAUCAAUGUCUAUUACAAUGAAGCCACUGGCGCCAAGUAUGUGCCACGAGCUAUACUUGUUGACCUGGAGCCGGGAACCAUGGACUCUGUGCGUUCGGGAGCUUUUGGUCAAAUCUUUAGACCAGAUAACUUUGUGUUCGGCCAGUCUGGCGCGGGCAAUAAUUGGGCCAAGGGUCACUACACCGAAGGUGCUGAACUAGUGGAUUCUGUGCUUGAUGUGGUUCGCAAGGAAUCUGAAGGCUGUGAUUGUCUACAGGGAUUUCAGCUAACACACUCGUUGGGCGGUGGCACCGGUUCCGGCAUGGGCACCUUACUCAUUUCAAAGAUACGCGAAGAAUAUCCCGAUCGUAUCAUGAAUACCUUCUCGGUGGUGCCCUCUCCCAAGGUGUCGGAUACCGUGGUCGAGCCCUACAAUGCUACCCUAAGUGUUCACCAGCUGGUCGAGAACACUGAUGAGACGUACUGCAUUGACAAUGAGGCGUUGUAUGACAUCUGCUUCCGCACUUUGAAACUGACCACCCCGACAUAUGGUGAUCUGAAUCACUUGGUAUCGGCCACAAUGUCUGGAGUUACCACCUGCCUGCGCUUCCCGGGCCAGCUCAACGCUGAUCUACGUAAGCUCGCUGUCAACAUGGUCCCUUUCCCGCGUCUACACUUCUUUAUGCCCGGUUUUGCGCCGUUAACUUCGCGUGGAUCUCAGCAGUAUCGCGCCUUGACCGUACCCGAGCUGACACAGCAGAUGUUUGAUGCCAAGAACAUGAUGGCUGCCUGUGAUCCACGGCAUGGUCGCUAUCUAACCGUGGCGGCCAUCUUCCGAGGCCGAAUGUCCAUGAAGGAGGUGGACGAACAGAUGCUAAAUAUACAAAACAAGAACAGUAGCUUCUUUGUUGAGUGGAUUCCAAACAACUGCAAGACAGCCGUGUGCGACAUUCCGCCUAGAGGCCUGAAGAUGUCGGCUACAUUCAUUGGCAACUCAACGGCCAUUCAAGAGUUAUUUAAACGCGUUUCCGAGCAGUUCACGGCCAUGUUCCGUCGCAAGGCCUUCUUGCAUUGGUAUACCGGUGAGGGUAUGGACGAGAUGGAGUUUACAGAGGCUGAGAGCAACAUGAACGAUUUGGUAUCAGAAUAUCAGCAGUACCAGGAGGCCACUGCCGACGAGGAGGGCGAAUUCGACGAGGAUGAGGAAGGCGGCGGCGACGAAUAGUUUGAAACCGAAGAUUCAGAAACAACAGUUCUUACACAUGCGCGCAACCCCAAUCAGAAGAAACAAACGACCGACUAUUUACUUAAC